AUGCAGUACCACGAAAAGCAGCAGCAGCGGCAGGACAAGGAGAAGGAGAAGGGUGCUGGACCGGGAGGGCAAUGCCGGGUGGCAGUGGCGGGCAGUGACCAAUGGUGGUGGGAGGACGAUACACUGGAGCACGACCGGCACUGCCUGCCUCUGGCGCCCUUGUCCUGCCUGAAUGCGGCACCGGGAGCAGCCCAAAGUCUUGAGGAGGUGGAGGCGUUGCUGGGGCCCCUGGCUGCCCCACGCAAGCCACAGCGCAACACGUAUGCACUGCAGGUGGCCCUCAAGGUGCCUGCUGUCAAGCAGGUCAUGAGCACAACCCGAGCGCCCAGUGUGACACUUCGUGGCCCUUCACCACCCCCACCCCCACUACUACCUGUACUUGGAGCCGUUGCAACUGCUGUGGUGGAGGAGGCUGCGGUGGCGGCUGCAGCGGCUACCGGUGGCGUAGGCAGUGCAGUCUCUCAAGGAGGGUUGGGAUUGGACCUUCGGACCACGGGCUCACUGCCACACAUGCUGCCAUCAUGUAUGGAGUCCUCUGCUGUAUUGUCAACCUCACCAUCGACAUUUUCAUCGGAGAAGGCAACUAUGCCAGGAAAUGACACCCUUAAGUGUGUGAGGUAG